UUGAUAUUUGUAACUGAUUCCAUUUAAAGAUGAAUGAAUUAUUCAGACUUCAAUAGCCAGUUUAAGUUUUUGGUAUUUCUAUAAACUAUACAAGGAUCAAAUUGUUUUUGUUGUUUGUUUGGUUUUUUUUUUGUUUUUUUUUUGUUUGUUUGUUUUUUGUUUUUUUUUUAAAGCUGCUCCUUCAAAAAAGCAACAAAGUUUCUAGAUUCUAAUUGGGCAAACGCCCAUAAAUAAAGUGAUUGUCAGACUGCUCUGGAGAUCUGAUUAAGGGCUAAUAGGUGCUGAAUUAAAGCUUGGACGCCGCUUUAUGUCUCUGCUGCUUCAUUGAGAAGCGCUGUGUAUCGCAGCUCCCGUGGGUCUGCUCAUGAUGGGAUAAUCAUGUUCAUCCCGACUAAAAUUACAGCUGAUUGUUUUACCCAUUAUUUUGCCCAACUUUUAAUUCCUUUCUCCCAAAGGAUCAUUGCACUCGGUAAUUGCAAAGAACUGACCUUGUAUGUGUCACCCACUCGACCUAGAAAUCCAAUUUUGUUAAACUUUGCAUGGCGAUUUGACCAUAUUAGACUAGUCUUUGUAGCUUUGUGGCUUGAAAGUUAAUGAGAAUUUUUUUUUUUUGAAAGGUUAUUUAUAUUCGAAGUGACCACAAACUGAGUUUUCAGUAAGCCUAAUUCGUCUGUUAAUUACUUAAUGGCUACAUAAUUGCUUAUUGGAGUGAAUGCGGUUAACUUUGGGCUUCACCCAGGAAGAUUAGCCUAUAUUCAAGUGCAGUAAACUAUCAGAAUUCUUUUUGGGGGGGAAAUAUUCUUUUGAUUAAUUGGCGUGGAUUGUUUGAAUCUGGUUGACGAGAUGCUUUUAUAAAGGCCUUGUUUUUCUUAUAAAUAUUUCUUGGAACAAACAUUAUCAUAACCUCAAUCCCGAUGGAGAAGCGAGGGAGGAAGGAAGGAAGGAAGGAAGGAAGGAAGGGGGAAAAAUAAGCCUAUUUAGUGACUUUCCAGUCCAGUGGUCUUAACGUUGAAAGUGAGCUGACAGCUGCGUAUAUCAACGGCCCACAUCAUCGCUCACACGCCGCUCGCCUCCGCCGCUUCUCACGGCCGCAGACGGAGAUAAUAGGCUAUUAGAGGCGCGGGAUUAAUUUGUAGCCAAUUACGGCUCACAGUAGAAUAUGAAUACAUAAAUAAGGCGUAGCGCUUGUGCGUGGGUUCCGGCGGGGUAAGAGAAGGAUAUAGGGGAGGGGGUGAGAGAGCAAACGGGCGCACAGGCGGGACAUAAACGUGGGGGGUGGGUGAAGGGGGGAGAACUCAAGAGGGGGUGGUGGUUAACCCCCCCUCCCUAAAAAAAAAAAGAGAGAGAACCGGUGCAAGAGAGAUCAACAUCCAUCCAGCGGGCAUCUGUCCACUCCAACACACAGUGCUGAACAGGAUCUAGAUAGAGCGCUGUAUGCACUACUGAGAGUGUGAGGAGCUCCGAAAUUUUUUUACACACACACACACACACACACACACACACACACACACACACACACACCGGCAUGCUUUAAGCCGAAUACGUUUCUAGUGGGAGAAACUAUGAAUAGGGAUAAAGUGCAGGUGGGCGACAUCUCCAUCGAACCGCCGACGACUGGCAUCGCUGCACAAACAGCAGUAAUCGUGGUCGCGUCUCCGGAAAGCAUGGACAUGGACGCGCACGGGGAAAAGCGCAUCGCUUCCGGUGAGUUGGCUGUGUUUUCCUGCCCCGCAGCCAGAGAUGUGCUUCAGGCGGAAAGCCGAGAGAACUCCGUGCGCCAGGACGCACCGGCGCUUCCUCCAGCCAGCGCUCCUCGGACCACUUCGUUCUCAGUGCUGGACAUUUUGGACCCAAAUAAGUUCACAAGCAAAAGGCAGCCAGCCAACAGGACAGGCUGUGACUCCGGCUGUGGGUUCGGGACAGAAAACAGAGGCGAAGAUUCCAAUCACGCAGCAGAUCAGAAAGCAUAUCCUGAAGAGUACGACUGCAAGAAAUCGUCCGGGAUGCUAAAGGAUGGCUUCGUGUUCAGAUCUGCAGAGUGUGAGAAUGAUUUUGCGCGUGGGAAUCACACGGACAGCGAGCUGCAGGAUGAUCUGUGCAGUGAGGAGAGCAGCGGCGCGCUCACCGGAAACCCCGACGGAGAGGACGAGGACCCGGCCAUGAAAAGCCCGAGUCCGGGCAGCCAGCAGAGCCAGCAGUCCUCCUCAAAUGGACAGAAUCAACAAGGCAAGCCGAAGAGAAAACGCUCCGGCUCGGAUUCGAAGUCCGGAAAGCCGAGAAGAGCUCGGACUGCGUUCACGUACGAGCAGCUCGUGGCGCUGGAGAACAAGUUCAAGUCGACGCGCUACCUUUCCGUGUGCGAGCGCCUCAACCUGGCGCUGUCACUGAGUUUAACGGAGACGCAGGUGAAAAUCUGGUUUCAAAACCGCCGGACAAAGUGGAAGAAGCAGAACCCGGGAGCAGACACUAGCGCUCCGACGGGUGGUGGCGGUGGAGGAGGACCGAACGGACCGGGCGCCGGUUUGGGCGGCUUGAGUCCCCUCAGUCCGUCUCCACCCAUGAGCGGUCAUCUAUCAAUGCACACCAGCUAUCCAAGUCACACACCUGGAGGACUAAUGUGCACUACUCAGUUACCCUUCCUGCCUAGUCAUGCAGUACUGUCCCCGUUCAUGCUGAGCUCGCAGACGUACGGAGCGCCCGCCUUUUACACGCCGCACUUGUAA